AUGGAGCCCAUCGCCAUCAUCGGCAUGGACCUCAAGUUCCCCGGUGACGCCACGGACGCCGAGUCCUUCUGGGACAUGCUGAUGGAGGGCCGCUCGGCUUUGCGUGAGAUUCCUACGGACCGGUUUAAUGUGUCGGCCUUUUACCAUCCCGACCCUGAGCGCGCGGGCUCUCUCAACGUUACCAAGGGUCACUUCCUCAACGGAGACAUCGCAGCCUUUGACGCGCCUUUCUUCUCCAUCACGCCGGCCGAGGCCGCAGGCAUGGACCCCCAGCAGCGCGGUCUCCUCGAGUCGACAUACCGUGCGCUCGAGAAUGCCGGCCAGCCGCUGGAGAAGGUCACGGGCUCCAAGACUGGCGUCUUCGUUGGGUGCUUCACCCGCGAGUACGAGGCCAUCAUGUUCAAGGAGACGGAGACGCAGCAGCGAUACUUCGCCACGGGCACAGGGACGACCAUGCUCGCGAACCGGCUGAGCUACUUCUAUGAUUUGCGUGGCCCCAGCGUCAGCCUCGACACGGCGUGUUCGAGUAGCCUCGUGGCGUGCCACCUCGCGUGCGCGAGCCUGCGGUCCGGCGAGUGUGACACGGCACUCGCCGCCGGCUGCAACCUCUUUUAUAACCCAGAUACUAUCAUCCCACUGACAGCCCUGGGAUUCCUGUCGCCCGACGGCCGAUGCUACAGCUUUGAUAGCCGUGCCAACGGCUAUUCGCGCGGCGAGGGCUUCGGCAUGGUGGUGCUCAAGCGGCUUAGCGACGCUUUGCGCGACGGCGAUACUGUCAGGGCCGUGAUCCGGGGGUCCGCCAGCAACCAGGACGGGAGGUCGCCUGGCAUUACGCAGCCGACGCGCCAGGCCCAGGUCGACCUCAUCCGCGCCGCUUAUGACGCCGCCGGCCUGGACCUUACCCGGACGCGCUUCUUCGAGGCCCAUGGCACUGGCACCCCGGUCGGUGACCCCAUCGAAGCCAGCGCUAUUAGUGGUGCCUUCUCAGAGCACCGUUCCGCCGCAGAACCUAUGGUUGUAGGCGCUGUCAAGACAAACAUCGGUCAUCUUGAAGGGUCCGCAGGCAUCGCAGGCCUCAUCAAGACGGUACUCGUGUUGGAGCACGGUGUUGUCCCUCCCAACACGUGGUUCGAAAAGCCUAACCCCAAGAUCCCCGUCGACGAGUGGCAUCUUCGGUUCCCGACCAAGCCUCUGCUGUGGCCGGGUGAGGGUCUAAGGCGUGCUUCCGUCAAUGCUUUUGGCUACGGUGGUAGUAAUGCACACGUGGUCCUCGAUGAUGCUCUCCACUAUCUCCAGGAGCACGGCCUCAGAGGACGACACCAUACCGCCAAAAAGGCGACCCUGAAGAAGGCCCUUACCAACGGACAUGCCGCCAACGGCGUCAACGGCCAUGGCACGAAUGGUGUUAAUGGCCAUGAAGUCAGUGAUCAUGGUCAUAGUCGCCAUCACUCAACCGCUGCCUCCCUCUUCGCUGCCGACCGCUACCUGCGCGGCAUCGGCUGCGCCUGGUCUCUUGUUGGCGAGCUUCUACAGGACGAGUCAAGGUCGCGCGUCGCCGAUGCCGCCUUUAGCCAGCCACUUUGUACGGCGCUCCAGGUUGGGCUUGUCGAUGUGCUUGCCGCUUGGGGUGUGCGGCCCGCCGCCGUGCUCGGGCACUCUUCAGGCGAGAUUGCUGCCGCGUACGCCGUGGGCGCCUUGUCGCGCGAGGCGGCGUGGCGUUUGGCAUACCAUCGUGGUGCCCUGUCAUCGGCGCUUGCCACAACCACCGGGAGCGACCAUCGCCGAGGCGGCAUGGCAUCUGUGGCCAUGAACGCCGAGGAUGCGACUAGAUACUUCGGUGACAAGCUUGGGGUUGCGGCUGUUGGGCGGGACAUUGUCGUGGCGUGCGUCAACAGCCCUCGCAAUGUGACCAUUAGCGGCAAUGCUGAGAGCGUCGACAAAAUCCAAAAGGCCCUCGAGGCCGAUGGCGUGUUCGCGCGCACGCUUCAAGUGAACAACGGCUACCACUCGCCGCUGAUGGAACCCAUUGCUGAGGCCUACCGCGCGUCGAUCGGUUUGCUCGACACUGUCGAUGCUGAAGAUGAGAAGAGCCGUCCUGUCUUCUACUCCUCCCUCACCGGAACAACGGCCUCGAUAGCAGACCUCCAAAGCCCUGCAUACUGGGUCCAGAACCUCACUUCGCCUGUACAAUUCUCAAAGGCAUUUGCUCUCAUGUGUUCGAGUGCAGGACCACAGUUCAAGAAGCUGGGCUCUCGUGGCGCAGCCCAUCAGCAGCAGCGGCCUAAGAUUAGCGAUGUCCUCGAGGUCGGGCCACACGCCGCCCUACGCGGGCCCAUCAGGGAGAUUCUCGACCUCGCGCCGCAGGUGACGGCUGUUGGCUAUGAAUCGAUCUUGCGCCGCAACACGUCGGCCACCGACACGGCCCUGACGGCGGCUGGCUGGCUGUGGUGUCGUGGCCACUCCAUCGACGUGGCAACGGCCAACGACGCGGCCCAUGAAGACAAUCCUAUUGCUUCUAGUCGCCUCCUCACUGAGGCGCCCGGCUACCCCUUUAACCACGCCAACCGGUAUUGGAAUGAGAGCCGCAUCAGCCGUGGCUACCGCUUCCGCCAGGCCAUCCGCCACGAGCUUCUCGGUGCCCCAGUGCCGGACUGGGACCCGGCGCACGCCGUGUGGCGAAACUACCUCCGCCUCGUCGAGAACCCCUGGGUCAAGCACCACCGCAUCACAGGUGCCACCAUCUACCCGGCAGCCGGCAUGCUCGUCAUGGCCAUUGAGGCUAGCCGCCAGACAGCCGACCCCUCGCGCGUCGUUCGAGGCUUCCGCAUCCGUGACGCCCGCUUCGCCGUCGCUUUGCGUGUGCCCUCCUCCCAGACGGGUAUUGAGACGCACUUUUACUUGCGCCCUGCACCCCGCGAUCACCCGGACACGGCGCUGCAGAGUGUGCGUGAGUUCGCCUUGAGCAGCUACGAGGGCGGCGAGUGGCACGAGCACUGUCGCGGCCUUGUCGUCACCGAGUACGAGCAGCCGCCCACCGCCGUUGACGGCGGGCGCGAAGAGUCGUCUUUCAGACAGGCAUGCCUCGAGACCUUGGCACGCGUAGAGGCCGAGGCCAGAGCUGAGACAUCGUUCCGCCAGCUCUACGAGCACCUGUCGACCGUCGGCCUCGAUUUCGGUGCUACGUUUCAGACACUACGCGACAUACGCUGUGGACACGAUGUCGGAGCUGCCGUCGCCACGGUUGAGCGCCAGGAUCUCGAGGGCCUUAUGCCCCUGGGCUACCUUCAGGAGCACCUUGUGCACCCCACCGUCCUCGACGGCAUUCUUCAAAGCAUCAUUGUGUGCUUGACAAAGGGCGGCCGAGAUAUGAACCAGGUUAUGGUCCCCUCCGAAAUUGGAGAUAUCUGGGUUUCGGCAUCGCCCACGGCCAAGUUCGAAUCGGUACGCGUCACCUGCGAAGGUUCGUUCCUCGGUAUGCGCCAGGCUGAGGCGCGAAUCGUCGGCGUUGACGUGGUCACCGGGGAGCCAGUCUGUACUGUUGAUGGUUUUGUCAUCACCUCCGUCGCACGCGCCGAGACGAGCGCCGAAGCGGCAGCCUCAGCAGCGGGCAGGCGGCUCUGCUUUGACCUCGACUGGAAGAUUGAUCCAGCAUUUGUCGACCAAAGGGUCGCGAAUGACGUUUUCCAGCCUGAUGCCGCGUACGGCCCCACGCCAGAACAGGCACUGCUCAUCGAAAAUGUCGAGAUGAUGUGCUAUCUAUACAUCAGACGCUACAAUGACGCUUUCCUGUCGAGCCCUGAGCAGGAGGCGAGUCAGCGAAAGAACAGCAAGGUUGGCCACCACGCUCAAUACUUUGACUGGAUCAAGUACCAGUUGGAAAAAUAUGAGGCUGGCCAAGUGGCCCAUGCCAAGGCCGAAUGGCGACAGCGCGCUGCCGACGAUGAAUAUGUGGCGCUUAUGGAGAGCAAGCUCCUCGAAGAGGGCUCGCCUGAGGGUAAACUCGUCGUCAGCGUUGGUCGUCAGCUCCCAGCCAUCUUGGCGGGCGAGGCUGAUGCCCUCGAGCUACUUUUCCAAGACAAACUCGUCGAGAACGUGUACCGGUCUGGCGUGGGCGCCGAGUUGGGCUACCGUCGAAUGGUUUCUUACAUCGAUGCCAUGGCUCACAAAAACCCUGCCAUGCGCAUCCUCGAGAUUGGCGCCGGUACGGGCGGCGCCACUCGUCCUAUCCUCGAGUGUCUCACGACGCAGGACACCCCACGCUUCAGCCACUAUGCCUUCACCGAUAUCUCCAUUGGCUUUUUCGAGAAGGCUCGCGACAUGUUCGACAAAGAUGCUGGCGGACGUAUGAGCUUCCGCGCUCUCAAUGUUGAGGCAGACCUUGCAGACCAGGGCUUCGAGAACGAAGACGAUCAGUACGACCUGAUCGUCGCCGCCAACGUCAUUCACGCAACCAAGAGUCUCCAAAAGACGCUCACAAACGCCCGUAAGCUGCUCCGGCCUGGUGGCAAGCUGAUGCUGUAUGAGAUGACCAACACGGAUAUGAUCCGCACUGGCUUCGCCUUUGGGCUGCUACCCGGCUGGUGGCUGUCCGCCGAGGAUUUCCGCAAGUACACACCCCUAGCGAGCCCUCAAGACUGGUCUGCAAUGCUCAAGAAGAGCGGAUUCAGUGGCAUCGAUGUUCAAAUGUACGACUUCCCUGAUCACCGACACCAGAUGGUGAGCGUGCUUAUCUGCAGCGCCGAAGGCGGGCCAGCAAGUUUUACAGCCGGGCCCGGGCCCCCUACGACCUCGAACACUUCGUCAGAAGCUCUCACCAUUGUCGUCAGCGACUCGCCCUCUAGCUCGUCCCUGCAGAUGACCGUAGCUGAGAAUAUGGAAAGAUCGGGCGGUACCGGUUCCAAGAUUGUCGGCCUCCGGGACUUUGCAGCCCUCGAUACCCGAGAUGUUCAACAACGUCGGUGCAUCUUCCUUGGAGACAUUGACUCGGACUUCCUCGAAAACGUGCAAGGUGAUGAGUACAAUGCCUUGCAGAGGCUAGUAUCAACUGUCAAGACGCUGCUCUGGGUGAAUCAGGGAGGUGGACCCUUGCCUGCGAGCCCAGGCGCCGACAUGGUCACGGGCUUCGCGCGGUGUAUGCGCGCCGAGAACCCAGGCCUGACCAUGAUGACACUCUCGCUGGAAAGCGCCAGCAAUCUCGACUCUUCGAUUUCCACCAUCUUGCGAGUUCUUCAAGGAUCUGGUGGCGAAAACAGCUUCUUCGCGAGCAAUGGCGGUUCCAUACUCAUCCCCCGCAUCACCGAGGCCACCCGCAUGAACGAAGUUAUCGCCGCCAAGGCAAAGGGUGGUGCCUCUUCCACCGUGACAGAGACGUGGGCGGCUGCCACUUCUGGCAGGGCGCUCAAGCUCGCCUGCGAUACGCCAGGCCUUCUCGAUACGCUGCAGUUCCGUGACGAUCCCCUUCAAGAGCAGCCCCUGGGCUCUGAGGAUGUCGAGGUACAGGUACACGCCACUGGAUUGAACCUACUUGAUGUCAUGAUCGCGCUCGGCCAGGUGACAGGCGAAGCUUUCGGUCAAGAGUGUGCCGGUGUUGUGACGCGCAUAGGUGACGGCGUCAGUCGCGUUGCCGUCGGCGAUCGAGUGUGUGGGCUGCUGCGCGGCACCUUCAAGAACCUGGCGCGUGGCACGCAGUGGCAGUUUGUUAAGCUUCCGUCAUCUGUAGACCACGCCGUUGGUGCCGCUAUGCCCGUCGUCUACACCACGGCUUACUAUGCACUCCACGACCUGGCGCGAUUGCAAGCUGGUGAGAGCGUGCUAAUCCACUGGGGUGCUGGUGGCGUCGGACAGGCGGCUAUUCAGCUGGCCAAGAAGAUUGGCGCCGACGUUUUCGUUACGGUCGGUUCACUUGAGAAGCGGGACUUCGUACACGAGCACUACGGUGUUGCGCUCGACCACGUCCUUUCGAGUCGCGACCUGUCGUUUGUUCAGGGCGUCAAGAGGCUGACAGGAGGCCGUGGCGUCGACGUCAUCUUGAACUCGACAUCUGGCCAGACACUGCGGGCGACAUGGGACUGCAUCGCGCCAUAUGGACGUUUCGUCGAGAUUGGAAAGGUUGACAUAUUUGCCAAUGCGGGACUUCCCAUGGCUCCGUUCAAGAAGAGCGUCACCUUCUCUUUCUUCGAUAUUGGCCUUUUGUCGCUCGAACGGGGCCCUCUUUUCGGUCGGGUGCUCCAAGACGUCGUCAAUCUUCUGGCCGAUGGGUCAAUCACUCCGCCGCAGCCGCUGCAUGCGUACACUUACUCCAACAUCCAGGAGGCGUUCAGGAUUAUGCAGGCAGGAACGCAUACGGGAAAGCUUGUCCUCGAGCCUCGUCCUGAUGACUUGGUAACAGUUGAGCCAAGCCGUAAGCCAUCGUACUCAUUCCCCGCCGAUGCUGCCUACGUACUAUCCGGGGGUGGUGGCGGCCUCGGUCGAAGCACAGCACGCUGGAUGGCCUCCCGUGGUGCAAAGAACCUCAUCAUUCUCUCGCGCUCGGGCAAGUCACGUCCAGCAACGCAGGAGCUCGUUAAAGAGCUCACACAGGCUGGCGUCAACGUUGUGGCUCCGCAGUGCGACGUCUCGAACAGAGAGGCUCUCACAGCUAUCCUUGACGAGUGUACCGCGACAAUGCCGCCCAUCAAAGGAUGUAUUCAGGGCUCCAUGGUGCUCAAGGACUCCCUCUUCGCCAACAUGACGCAAGAAGACUACUACACGGCGGUGCGUCCCAAAGUAGUGGCUUCACGAAACCUGCAUGAGCUGCUGCCUAGAGAUAUGGACUUCUUCGUGCUGCUCUCGUCGGCGUCGGGCGUCGUCGGUAAUCGCGGCCAGUCCAACUACUGCAUAGGCAACACGUACCAGGAUGCGCUGGCGCGUCAUCGCGCAGGCCGUGGGCUCCCUGGUGUGGCCGUGGAUCUAGGCAUGAUCCUUUCCGUGGGCUUUGCCGCUGAAAAUCAGGAAAGCAUGGCCAACCUGCGACAGGAAGGCUUCAAUGCCAUGCGUGAGGAUGAGUUCCUAGCUCUGCUGGACAUCCUAUGCAGUCCACCUGAUCUUGACGCCGACGCAAACGGGAGCCCGCAGAUCGCCGUCGGUCUCGAGGUGCCUGCCACGCUGCGGAUCAAGGGCAUCCCAGAGCCUGCCUGGCUGCACGAUCCUCUCUUCCGUCAACUUUACCAGAUCCGUGGCGACAGCAAUGGUCACGGAGAUGGCGAUGGUGAUGGUUCCGCUUCAUCGACAUCCUGCAGCGUCCUGCUCCCCGCAGCGUCGUCGCUCGCCGAUGCGGCGGAACAUCGUGGGGCACUGCCAAUCGUCCAGAAAGCUGUGCAAAAGCGCUGUCGUCGAGCGGAGAGGGGACAUUUGACACGUCGAAAGCCGGCUUUCACAGGUUAUGGCGGUCGACUCUCUUGGUCGGCUGUCGAGCUGCCCACCCUGGUUCAUGAAGGAGGUCGGGGCUGA